AUGGCAGCGCUCACUCUUGCCUCGCGGGCUUGCUUGAACGCUUGGCUGCUUUGUCUUCUAUGCACUGACAUUAGUUUCUUUCAGGCCCAGGGCCCCAAAAGCGCGCUGGCUCUCCUGACGAGCCCGAACAGCCCCCAUUCGGUGCAAAUCAAAGCUUUUGAAGAAACCGUCACUGCUGACAUUUCUCUCAGCCUGGCUGCCGGCGAAGCCGCCCCGGAUUUGACCGAUGCCCUCGAGCGCGUCCGCGCUACUGCCACCGAAUCGCUCAAGGCUGCCCCCGUCCAACACCUGGAUGCCACCACCCUCUACCCGCCCGUCGUCCGUGGUGGAUCUUUUCCCACCGUCGUGCCCUCCUCGGAUGGCCUUUGGAUUCAGUACGACUUUGACGAACUCGUCUUUCACGAAAAGUCGCCCUACCAAGAUGUCAAAAUCUACCACUCACGCCAGUUUGGAAACAUGCUUCUCCUGGACGACGACCCUAACCUUGCCGAGUCCGACUUGGCUUACACACAGGCCAUCCUUGGAAGCGGUCGCUUCAACUUUGAGGGCAAAUCCGUCCUCGUCCUCGGCGCAGGAGAUGGUGGUGUGCUGCAUCAGAUUCUUAAGCUCAAUCCAGCCAACGUCAUCAUGAUUGAGAUUGACGAGGUGGUCAUCAAUGCGGCCCGCAAGCACCUGCGAGGCAUCUGCUUCGAUAGCAUGGAUAACCUCACCGGUCCCAACUACGAGAUUCGCGUGAAGGAUUGUCUGGGUGAAAUGGACACAUUGCAGGCCCAAGGCAUGCAAUUUGAUUACAUCAUCAACGACCUCACUGCAGUCCCAGUCUCAACGUCGCUCGCAGGUAGUGAUUGGGAGUUUUUGCAGAUCGUCCUCAAUCGGGCCAUGCCUCUCUUGGCACCACACGGCAAAUAUCUUACUCAAGGUGGCAGUGCCAACAUGCCUGCCGCCACGCGCUGCUACGAGGACAUUGUUCAUGCUCAUCCCGCCGGCCUCGACUUUACCAAGGAAUCAGUCUGUGUCCCGUCGUUCCACGAGAUGUGGCUGUUCUACACCCUCUGGAAGACCAACUGA